AUGACCAGACCCGAAAACCGCACUUUGGAAAAUACGCUUCCCAGAACCAUUUGGUGUCAAUUCAUGGUUCCUUCAUUCUUAGCGCUUUCAGAUAAACUAAAUUCCAACUCCCAAGACCGAAUUAUGUUUGCCGGGCAUGCCCCCGCUCUUCAGGCUCUAGACUUUCUGCAGGUCGCUGUCUGA